AUGAGCAGCGGGGUGUGGUUUCCUUCACUGGGGCGGGCGGCCUGGCUGUGUUGCCUCAAUCUGGUGCCCAUUGAGGGGGGGAAGAUACUGGUUAUGCCUGUGGAUGGGAGCCACUGGCUUAGCAUGAAGAUACUGGUGAAGGAGCUCACCCACAGGGGCCAUGAGGUUGUGGUGCUGGUACCUGAAACAAGCAUUCUGAUCCAUGGCUCAGAGGACUACAAGACUGAGAUCUACCAAGUGCCGUACACCAAAGCUGAACAAGAUGAAAACAUCAGGCAGUUGAGGGAUGGAGUGUUUCUCAAGCCAUUACCAUUCACAGAUUUGUAUAACAAUUUUCAGCUUUUGUUUGAAUUUAUUUUAGGGCCAGUGAAAGGUUGUGAGAGUUUGCUGAACAACCAGCCUCUCAUGAGCCGACUGAGGGGAAAAGGCUUCGACCUCAUGCUUACAGACCCCUUCCUUCCCUGUGGCUCCAUACUGGCUCAUCUCUUUUCCAUUCCAGUUGUUUAUUUCUUGCGUCGACUUGCAUGUGAGCUGGAUAUAAAGGCUAACCAGUGCCCCUCUCCACCUUCAUAUAUUCCUGCAUUUUAUUCUGAUAAUACAGACGUCAUGUCUUUCCCACAGAGAGUCAAAAAUGUGGUCAUGGUUAUGGUGAACUCAUACCUGUGCAGACCAGUCUAUGGUGUCUUUGAUGAUUUGACCAGCAAAUAUGUAGGAAACAACAUGACCUACAGCGACCUUAUUAGUCACGGUGCUAUCUGGCUUGUCAAAUAUGACUUUGUUUUUGAAUGGCCCAGACCUUUCAUGCCAAACAUGGUUUUUAUUGGAGGUAUCAACUGUGCAAAGAGAGCUCCUCUGCCAGCGGACUUGGAGGAGUUUGUGGAUGGCUCAGGAGAUGACGGCUUUAUUGUCUUUACCCUGGGAUCAUUUGUGUCCACCAUGCCUAAGGAGAGGGCUAAACUGUUCUGUGAUGCCUUUCGGCAAAUUCCUCAAAGGGUUUUGUGGAGAUUCACUGGAGUCCCACCUGAAGAUGUUCCCAAGAAUGUCAGGCUUGUGAAGUGGUUACCUCAGAAUGAUCUCCUUGCACAUCCCAAGGCUAAAGUCUUCAUCACUCAUGGAGGUGCCAAUGGAAUGUAUGAGGGUAUCUGUAAUGCUGUACCCAUGUUGAUGAUUCCACUGUUUUGGGAUCAGGGAGACAAUGCAGAUCGUAUGGUGGCUCGCGGUGUUGCAGAGAAACUCUAUCCUUAUGAUCUGACAACUGAAGAAAUACUGGAUGCACUAAAUAAACUCAUCCAUGAUAAAAGCUACAAAGAGAAGAUGGUGGAGCUGUCUCAGAUACACCUGGACCGCCCUGUCCAGCCCUUGGACCUGGCUGUUUUCUGGACUGAGUUUGUCAUCAGACACAAAGGAGCAGCACAUCUAAGGGUAGCUGCACAUGACCUGAACUGGAUUCAGUACCACAGCCUGGACGUCAUCUGCUUCCUUGUCAUCAUUCUCCUAACUUUUCUGUGGGUGACACUGAAAAGCUGCCUGUUCUGUAUUCGCACAUUUUGCAGAAAUGAAAUGACAAAGAAAAAAUCAGAGUAGCACUACUAAGUGCUGGUAUUGGUGCCGAUACUGGGACUGAUCAGUCAAAAUGAAAGUCUUAACAAGAUUUAGCAAAAAAAAAAACAAAAAAAAAACCUAAUCACAAUUGUGUCAAUUCCUUUAAAUAUUUGCUUGAUCAGUUUAUUACUAUCUAGCCACUAGUUAAUCAUUGUGUCCUGGUGCUAGCAUAUAAUUUACACAUAUAGUUAGCAAGCUAAUAACGCCGUGCUGUCUAAGAAGAAUUAAUGUAAAAUUAAUUGUGGCAAACCUCUGUUAUUUUCUUC